CUCCCUCCUGUGUGGUGGCUUUCCCGACCAAAGAUCCUUGGACGUGAACAGUUUCGCUGAAGAGCACUUUUGUCCCCCCUCCCCUCAAACAACCAGACGGACAAUCGAGGCGUCAGUUAUUCCACAUCGACCUGAGAAAAGGGAGUUAAGGUGUCGGAUAAGGUCUCCAGCGGUCCUUCAUCCCCCCCAAAUCUCUGUCAGCGAUGGAGACUUGGGCUGGCUUCUGCCCAGGCUUGCACUUAUCGCUGGGUAUCUGGCUGAUGAUAGCCGCUCAUACCCUACAAAUUACCAAGGCGGAGAUAACUUGCGCAUCUUGCCCGUCGCCAGUUCAACUUAAUCUGGAGGAAUUACAGUUGAGGAUGCGCACUCGAGCGACAGAGGAACCGGGCACCCUAAAAAACAUCCUAAUAGAGUUUCGGGAACUCGGGGUUCCAGACGAUUAUGAGACAGGCGCUUCUGUCGAGGAUGUCUCCCAGCUUCCUCAAGAUGUCACUUUUGAUGGAGUUAAUGCGAUUGAAAAUGCAACAGUGUCCAGUGAAGAAAACCGCCGCGGCAGUGACAAGGAAGGGGAGCCCGAGAGGGAUGAGGAUACUGCGCUCCCGAGAGCGAGAAGAAGCGGUCCUGAGUUUGCUGAGUUCAGCGAGAACGGGUGGACCGGUCUGGCUGGCAUGGAUGCGGGCGUUCAGGAGAAUCGGGGCUCGCUGUUAGAUGGACACAGGCAGGGAAAGUCCGAGUUCAGAUGGAACAGGGACGAAGGGAGAGGGAAUAACCGGCAGGAUGAGCCCAAGCUCACCAGCAGCACUUUCUCUCUGACUGGGGACUCUGCGCAUAACCACGCGGUGGUCUAUUGGUCAGGGCAAAACAGCAGCGUGAUCCUGAUCCUAACCAAGCUCUAUGACUUUCAUAUUGGCAGCGUCACUGAGAGCACUCUUUGGAGAUCAACUGACUACGGCUCCACAUAUGAAAGGAUGAAUGACAAAGUGGGAUCCAAGACUGUCCUGAGUUACCUGUACGUCUGUCCAACCAACAAGAGAAAGAUUAUGGUGUUGACAGAUCCGGAGUUUGAGAGCAGCGUGCUCAUCAGCUCUGAUGAGGGAGCCAGUUACCAGAAGUACCGCCUCACUUUUUACGUCCUGAGCCUUUUAUUCCACCCUACUGAAGAGGACUGGGCCUUAGCUUACAGUCAUGACCAGAAGUUGUACAGCUCUGUGGACUUUGGAAGAAAGUGGCAGCUCAUCCACGAACAUGUCACACCAAACAGGUUCUACUGGUCUGUCUCAGGUCUAGACAAGGAGCCAGAUCUGGUACACAUGGAGGCUCAUACACCAGAUGGAAAUGUGCAGUACGUCACAUGCAGAGCUCAGAUGUGCACAGAAGCUAACAGGAACCACCCGUUCCCAGGAUUCAUCGACAUCAGCUCUUUGGUGGUUCAGGAUGACUACAUAUUCAUACAGGUUCCAACAUCAGGACGAGCCACCUAUUAUGUGUCCUACAAAAGAGACUCGUUUAUACAAACCAAGCUUCCCAAAUAUUCUCUGCCUAAGGAUUUACACAUUGUCAGCACUGAUGAGAAGCAGGUAUUUGCAGCAGUGCAGGAGUGGAACCAGAAUGACACCUAUAACCUCUACCUGUCCGACACCCGAGGGAUCUACUUCACCUUGGCCAUGGAAAAUGUCAAGACCACUAGGGGCAUCGGGGGGAACCAGAUGCUGGACCUGUAUGAGGUGGCAGGAAUUAAAGGCAUGCUGAUUGCUAACAAGAGGCAAGACAACCAGGUCAAGACAUACAUCACCUACAAUAAAGGCCGGGACUGGAGGCUCCUGCAGGCUCCUGCUGCUGACCUGGACGGAAACGACAUUCACUGCAUACUGCCCUUCUGUUCACUCCAUCUCCAACUGCAGAUGUCAGAGAACCCUUACUUGUCAGGAACAAUCUCCACCAAGAGCUCUGCACCAGGGAUAAUCGUUGCCACAGGGAACAUUGGAGCAGAGCUGUCUUACAACAACGUUGGCAUGUUCAUAUCAUCUGAUGCUGGCAAUAGCUGGAGACAGAUUUUUGAAGAGGAGCACAAUGUGUGGUUUCUGGACAAAGGAGGCGCCCUUGUCGCCGUCAAACAGCCGUCAGUGCCAACAAGACACUUGUGGAUCAGCUUUGACGAGGGGAGGCAGUGGACCCAGCACAGCUUCUCCACGGUGCCUCUGUUCGUGGAUGGAGUCUUGGUGGACGCUGGAGCCGAGAACCAAAUCAUGACAUUUUUUGGACACUUCAGCCAUCGUUCUGAAUGGCAGCUCAUCAAGAUAGAUUACAAGUCCAUCUAUAGCAGGAAAUGCACAGAGGAAGACUAUCAGACCUGGCACCUGCACAACCAGGGUGAGCCAUGUGUGAUGGGACAAAAGCAAAUUUACAUGAAGCGCCGGCCUGGAAACUACUGCAUGCUGGGAAAGGACUACUCCAGAAUCCUCUCAGCAGAGUCCUGUAUUUGCCGAGCUCAUGAUUUUGAAUGUGAUUAUGGAUACGAGCGGCGUGGUGACGGGAACUGCCGACCCGCCUUCUGGUUCAACCCUUCUUUUGUCUCCAGAAGCUGCAGCCAGGGUCAGAACUACCUCAACAGCACAGGGUACCGUAAAGUGGUGUUGAACAACUGCACUAAAGGAGUUAAAGAAAUGUACACGGCCAGAAAGCAACAGUGCCCCAACAGACCUCCUAAAGGACUCAUGUUGUCCACCAAAGAUGGAAAACUCACCGCCAACCUGGGCAACAAUGUGACCUUCCUGGUGCAUCUGGAUGAGGGCGACUCUUUGCGGACCAACAUUCAGCUGGAUUUCGGCGACGGCACAGCAGUGUCAUACUCCAAUCUGAGUUGGACCGAGGAGGGGAUUAAACACGUCUACAAGGCUGCUGGAAUCUUUCGUGUCACAGCGCUGGCAGAGAACACGCUGGGUUAUGAUACCACCACACUCUUUCUGCAUGUCACAUGUCCAGUGGAGCAUGUCCAGCUUCUUGCCCCCUUUGUGGUCAUAAGGAACAAGGAGGUGAACAUUACAGCGGUGGUCUUACCCAGCCACUCACGCACUGUGACUUACUUCUGGUGGCUAGGCAACAAUACUGAGCCACUGAUAACGCUGGAUGGGAGUAUCUCUUACACCUUCACCAGUGAGGGAAUGCACACCAUCACAGUCCAGGUGGCUGCAGCCAACUCCAUUCUGCAGGACACCAAAACCAUAGCAGUCAAAGAAUUCUUCAAAUCUCUACUUUUAUCUUUCUCCCCUAAUCUGGACGAGUUCAACCCUGACAUACCCGAGUGGAGACAGGAUGUGGGGAGAGUAAUUAAGAAGGCCCUGCUCCAAGUGUCUGACUUCCCAGAGGAGCAGCUCUUGGUAGCUGUGUUCCCUGGAGUUCCAACAGCUGCUGAGCUCUUCCUGUUACCUCACAAGAACCAAUCGGAGGGCAAGAAAAAGAGCGAGGAGGAGCUCGAGCAGGUAUCUGAUAUAAUUGUUAGCGCGCUGAACCAAAAUUUGGUGGAGUUCGAGCUCAAGCCUGGUGUAAGGGUGAUCGUGUACAACACACAGUUAACACUCGCACCCUUGGUGGACUCCAACCCCAGACACAGCAGCUCAGCUAUGCUAAUGCUCCUUUCAGUGGUAUUCCUGGGCCUGGCAGUGUUCCUCAUCUACAAAUUCAAGAGAAAAAUACCUUGGAUCAACAUAUACGCUGAGGUGAACCAGGAGAAAGAGCAAGAGAUGAUUGGUUCUGUGGGUCAGGGUGACAGCACACCUAAAAUCACUCUGAGUGAGUUCUCCACAUCCAAAGAACUCAUGGAGAAGGAAAUGGAUGCCAGGGUCAAAAGGGGAGUUGGAAAUGCCUGCGAGAGCACAAGGGAGAUUCCAAACUGUACUAGCGUGUAAAGCGGGAGAGAAACAGUUUAUGUACAGAGCAAAGUAUUACAGUGUCGGGGUUCUCUUUUUCUGUUUUGUAAUUCUCAACACAACUGAUGUUAAUAGUUUUCUAAGGGACCUCAUUUAUACAGACUUGCAUGGAUGCCUCGUUCAAAAAUAUCCAUGCAGCAAAUGUCAAUUUUACUCAAUGAAAUCAUUGUAAUUACUGGCAAAACUUAGUUUUGUGGAUGUAUAAGCUACAUGACAACAUUCAUUUGCAGAGUGAAAUAUCUUUCGUCAAAACUUAUGAAGAGUUCUGUAAAUUUCCUAUGGAGUUUGCUUUGAAAAUCAUUUCUGCCUAUAUAUAGACUAUAAUGUCUGAGUCUUCAAUCAAACAGGGAAUAUUAUUGAAAUGUACAAUAUUAUCAUCUGUUCUGUUAAAUGUAUAUAUUAUUACUUUCUACAUGCUUUAGUCUGAGUACCAUGGCGACGACAGAAGAUUUGACAAUGGUCUGUUUUUGAAAGUGUGUUUAAAAAGUCAAACAUUACUUAAAGAAAUCAACUUUGUUUUGCUUAGGUCCUUGACUUGUGCAUGUUCUUAUUGAGGACACAAUUUCUGUGUUGUAGAUAAGCAAGUGUUGUAUAUAAUUUUUUUUCUAAUCAUUCAUCAAAAAAAGCAGAAUCAAUUUUGUCCAGACUUCCCUUUUGCUCAGAUUUUUUUCAUUUACUGUUGGGCGACAUGAAUCUAGUGAAAAGGGUUGAUCUAUUAAUGCAGGUAGAACCGUAAUGCUAUAUGAGAGAUAUAAGUUCCCUCCAUUUCACUGGAAAUGAAAUGAAAAAGAUGGAAGGAAGGAAGAUCAUGAACAUGAUCAUGUUCAAUGUAUUUUUAUUUGAACCAUUUAGUAGAUGUUGAGACAUUUUUGCAGAGACAUCAGUCUUUAAACUAUCUGAACUAAACAUUAUUUUCCAUUAUUCCAUCACAUAGUGCCAUUAUCUUUGAUAAAUGCUUUGAUAGUACUAAUUUGGCCUCAGAACAAAAGCUGAAUCAGUUGUUAUUAGGGUUAGGCCGGUAUAAACCCAGUCACCUUUGCGUGGAACAUAACGGGAGCCCAUGAAUGCAGCAACACCACAACCAGAACAGCUGUGGCACAUUGAGUUUUUAUUUCUCACAACAACCAUUCAACUCAGCUCUUUUUUUUGUUCUGAACUUUAACAUCAAAAUUAUAAGUAAGAGUUCAGUCUGCUGCAACUUGAGAAAAAAUGGCAGUAGCUACCUUUCAAGUGCAAAUGCAAACCUUGCAAAUCUGUGAGUUUUCCACAACACAUUUCUGCAAAUGUUUCACAAUAAAAGCCUUGUUAAGGUAUGAAGGGUUUUUAUCCAUUGAAACACUCAAGGGUUUUUAAUUUGAAUCAGGUGCAGAAAGUGUUGAAUUGUACUACAUAGUAGUGAUUUUAACAUAAAAAGUGGGAGUGGAUCAAAAUAGCCUUCAAACUGUGUCGUGCAGUAGCGUGUAACAUUACCAUAAGCUGCAUCAACUCAUCAUUGAUAACAGUUCUCUGUUGGUCAGAGUGGUUUAGCGGCACAUUGUGGCGCUGUGCUCAUUAGCUAUCUUUGGGGUUCCUACUCACAACCUGCAUGCUAGCUUGCCGGAGUCGAUCAGCAAGACUUGAAAAUUGGCCAACCCUAGUUAUUAUGAAUAGUUAUUGAACUAUGGUGAUUAAAUUUAAAAUAUUCACAGUGGGUGAAAUAUUAUAUUAUAUUAUAGGUCAUGGAUACAUCUUCUCAAAUACCAGGAGGCCUAGGGUUGGCUCCAUUUAAAAUUCAGUUUUUGUUUGCAAAGCUCUGACCCUUAUGAACUUAUUUUUAAAACUUUGUUAUCCAUUAUUCUUCUUCAACCCUUUUAGUCAUGAUAGCAUGACUUUAUGGAUUUCAGUGUUUGUCUGUCAGUUGGUCCAGUUACAACAUUGAAUAUCUCAAAAGCAAUUUUAUAGAUAGCUAUAAAAUGAUGUGCACAAAAUUUGGUUCAGACAUGUAUGUUUCCCUCUGGAUAUGUUGUAAAUGCUUCAACUUCAUCUAACACCAUCAUAAACCAGCAAAUGUUAGCAUGCUAACGUGCUUCACUAAGACUGGUGAGCAUGGUAAACAGUAGCCUAUACAGAGGCAAAGGUCCUCUCCUUAUGGUAUGCCCCAUGAGACCUUAUUUCAGAAAAAAAACAUAAAGUAGUUAAGGAUGAGAGACAAAUAAUUUAUUUAAUCAAGUUUAACUUGUGCAUGAAUCACACAUAUGAUGUUUGUAAUUAGAAUGACAAUUUUCCAACUCCAGAAAAUCAGUUUGUUAUAAAACUGUUCAAGUCUGAAGACUGUGAAGAUACUCAGUUAGAAAGACCUCAGUCCAAACAGCGGUCUGGUUUAACACUGACCAAAACCUUGUACAGCUGGUUCCACAUGCAAGCUAGCUAACGGAACAAACCAACUCUACUUUCACAUAUCCACAGCUGUUAGUAUGACCAGAGAUGAGAGAUGAAGAACUAAAACUGAAUACUUUACUAUUUUUAAAACAAACUGCAGCUUUCUUGACUUGGAAUAUUUUAAACCGACAAGGAUCAUAUGUGUCAUGGCAAACAAAUGGGAUAAAAAAAAAAUUAUUUUCUCUCACCUUUAACUACCAUACAUAUUUUUAGCAUAUUUGUUAGCAUUAUCACAAGUUA